CGGACUGCCGACGCGAGUGGAGCGGAUAGGGCGGAUAAAAGCGGUUUCAAGGAGGCGCGGAUAAAAGUACGAACGGUUAAAAGGACGAAACCAAAGGCUAACGGUUAACGGCGAACGGCGAACGGCAGGCGACAAACGACGUAAAGUGUUAUUCCGUUGUUAACCAUUACAGUUAUUUCGGUUGCUCCGCGAUCCUUCCUAACGGUUCGCUGCUUUUUUUUUGUCCCUUUCUUUUCCUGUGUGUGCCAUCCUUGUUUUGUCCAGAUUCUCAGAUUCACAGUUUCAGAGAUUCACUGAGACAAAAGUGACAAAGUAUACUUCACAUUUGAAUGGGCAUCGCAUCGACACAUGAAGCGCCGAAGGACGCGCGCUUUUAUAACCCUCCCCCCCUCUACGGAACCAUCCUCAAUUCGUUAGAACCUCAAGCGAACCCCCCGGAAAGCCAUUCAUCCAUCCUAUAUCAUCCCCGUACCCAGCAGUUCCAUUUCCCGCUGGGAUAGUUUCUGUUUGCGGUUCGUGCAUUCCAACCAGCCACACUGUUCAAAAAGUAUGGCUCCUAUAUCAGCAGAGAGAUAAGUGCGAAACGGUAUUGCCAUUAAAACCAAGGGGGAAGCGCAGAUUUAUUAUCCGAUUAGGAGUUUCUAGAUAUUUAUGGGUAUUUAAACCCAAGCCAAGCCUAAAGCUAAUAAAGAUUUUGUAAGGCACCCCCAAAAAGGGCUAUAAAAACAUAACUCAUAUAACAACCCUGUAAUACUUGUACAGGUUUCUUCCCCAAGAUACCUUUGUUAUAAUAUUAUUACCCUUAAAGCCAAAAGAAAAACCUAUUUAACGGUGCUUCCCGUAAUCUUAUUAAUUAUCCCCCAAGGAAGAUAGAAAAAAGUCAGGUCUUUUAUAAGAAACCAUUUCCGUAUAAUAAUAUAAUAAUAAAUAUCUAUAAAAGGGAUUUGCGUGGAGGAACUAAAAGGUAUUGCAAUUGUUAGAAAUCUAUGGCAAGGCAUACUCACCAAGGUAUCGUCACUCUCUUUAUAGAUAUAUUACAAAUUAUCAGAAAGCGGUAAAAACGAUUAUUCCCGAAAGUCUAGUAUUUAUCUGUGUAAUUUGUGAUCAGAAAAUAGGUUAAUUGUAGUCCUAGCCUUAAGGCUUUAAGAAAGCCAUUUAAGGAAAGUAAUAAGAGGUUUUUUUGAACUUACUUCCCAUAAGAACAUCCAGGGAAGCUAGAAUAUUUAGAGUUUUGAAUUAUUCCCGAUCAGUGAUAAGGUUUUUUUUGGACUUACUUCCCAUAAGAACAUCCAGGGGUGCUAGAAUAUUUAGAGCUUUGAAUUAUACCCGAUUAGUGAUAAGAAAACCUUUUCUUUUGGCGUUAUGGGAAGGCCUAAAGCAACAUUUUUCCCUUGAUAGUAUCAAAUUGUUCUCUCUGCAUAAGGAAUCGUGCUUGGCCAUUUAAUUGUGGUCUCUGGUGACCAGGGAGGUGGAUGAGGACGAGGAUGUAGACGUGAAUGUGGCAGUAGAAUGGCGCUUCCUUCGAUUCAAUUCGAUUUGUCGUAAUGAAGCUAGUCCACAGAGCCCCAUGCAAUAGUUAACAUAUUUUUAUUGCCUGUUGUCGCCAAAGUGUCCUCCCGCCAGAUCCCCAUCCGCAUUCGCAUUCGCAUCCGUUUCUCCAUCCCAGGCGACCAUCCCAUAGCCAUACCCCCACCGAUAUAUAUUCAUCUAUAGCCCCGCUCCCUCGGCAGAUUCGGUUUCAAGUGCCAUUGGAGCUGAAGCUCCAACGGAUUGCUCACUUGAUGGCCGAGGGUUGGCCGAUUCAAUGUUUGCGCUCUUGCGUAUCCAACAAGUGCGGGGUAUUGGUAUAGGGGGUAUUGAAAGUGGGGGAUCUGGUGGAUUGACAAUGGGUUUGGGGAGGUCAAGAGCCGGUCAUUCGGGAGCCGGGCUUAGGUCGAGGGCUUUCCCCCAAAAAUAAGUUGCUUACAUCACUUUCGGGGUUUUUAAAAGUCAUGUCCUCCCGUUAACAAAUCCCGACUAAUCAACGAUGACAGGAACAGCAAUAUAUAUUGUUGGGAUUUAGGGUUCGGAAUUUAUGGAGCAUCAAAUAUGGCAGAAUAAAGCUAUGUGUAGCUGCCUAUGUGAGUGGAGUACUUGAAAUAUUUAGGGAAUGUAGCAUAGAAAAUAUAGAUAGUUUAAUCAAAACCUCUUCUAACGUAUCUGUGAGUACGGAAUUCCAUUUACAAAAUAUUUUAGUUAUUUUAUGAUGUUGUUAUUUGAAGUGGAGUCCCAAAAAUAGUUAUGAAUUUCUUGGUUUAGUGCGGUAUAUUUAAGAGAAAGGUUUUCAUUUGUGCUUCGGUAAAUCCAUGGGUUGCAUCCUCUGCAGAAACCUUCACCAUGGUGACCCCUGAUCGCAAUCAAUCGUGGUUGUUCAAACUUUCGCCAUCCGAGACUUCCACUUUCCCCCUACUUUCACCCACUUUAUCCCACAUUUCCCAACAAAAACACACACACUCUGUUUGGCCAAGUGAUUCAUUAAAGCAAUUAGCAAAGUCCUGUGUCCGGAGUCCUUCGUCCGGAGUCCUGUGACCGGAAUCCGCGGCUGAGGACAAACAUUUAGCAACACUUCUCUUGCAUGCAGCCGGGAUUCAGGAUUUAAGGAGAGUGCGAAACCACCUAAUGCUCAUUGAAAUUUACGAUUAUGCUGCGAAAUUAUUAAACAAUAUGACCGCCAGAGGAGUGAGGGAACCAUCAGCCGGCGGAGGCGUAGGCGGAGGCGGAGGCGAAGGCCAGGAGACCAUUAAUAACGAAUCUGCGGGGAAUCUGAGUCUGAAUGUGAGGGGCAUGCUGAAACGCACCCUGGCCAGAGUGGCCCGGGCCAAUCCCGCCCAGCACGUGACCAACCUGCCCGUUUCCGCCCUGCUGCUCCAGGCCCUCGACGCGACGGACGUGGCCCAGGGCCAGGACAUCGAUCCAUCGACCGGUGGGCCAGAGGUGGAUGUGCCCGAGCAGCCAUUCCCAUUUCCGUUCCCCAAUGCCACUGGCAAUCCGUUGGCGGGGAAUGGGGACGCCGGCACGGACGUUUAUCUGCCCGCGGGCAAUCUCAGCGGUUUCAUUGAGUCCUCGACAACGGCGGUGAUGAGCACGCUACCGCUCCCGAUCCCCACCAGCAGCACCAUGGCCACAUUCCACGCCCAAACGGUGGCCACCUUCAUCGCCGCCACCGGCACCAAAAAUCGCCCAACGACCAUCGUUGUCUACCCAACGGUUUCACCCGAAUCGAUCGUCAUCCCGAUCGUCUCGUGCAUCUUCGGCUUUCCCAUCCUGGCGCUCCUCGUGAUCUGCUGCCUGCGGAGGAGGGCCAAGCUGGCCCGGGAGCGGGACAGGAGGCGGAACUACGACAUGCAGGACCAUGCCGUCAGCCUGGUCAGAUUUAGUCCAAUACAUAGGCUUAAUUACCGACCGUCGCGAGCUAUCAGUCUACGUCCUGAACGAAGCCUAAGCCAGGGCUUCACUUCAUUGGAGCUGGACACUGUGCUGGAGGAGCGAUGCAGCGACGUGGAGCAGACGCAGACGGAGAUCUUCAAUCCCGAGUCGCCAAUGGAGACCACCUCCUACAAGAUCUCCUUCUCCUCGAGCUAACAGUUAGCCAAACAGCAACUGGGGCAGGCCGUCGAUCGCCACGAGGAGCCGGAAGCAAAGGUGCCGCUGGCCAAGACCGCGUCGCAGCUGGUGGUACCACCACCGCAGCUGCGAAAGACGGCCAGUGUGCGAGACGAUCCGGCUGGCCUGGCCAAGAGGCGCAGUCGCCUCCAGGAGAUCCGGGCUGCCAGUAGUGGAGGCGGCGGCGGCGGCGAGGCAGCUGUCGCCUUUACCAAACGCGAAUCCAAGCGGGAUCGCCGGCGAGGAGGAGGAGGAGGAGCCGAGGAACCAAGUGGUAGCACCAGGGAUCCGCAGUCCCAAUCCCCGGCCAUGCGCAAAUCGCACUCCCUGGACGCCGCCGAGAGCUACUCGCUGGCCAACAUCCAGGCACCACUCUGGGUGACCCUCACCAAUGCCCGCACCAUCGACGAGCUGGCCCAGCAGAAGAUGUGAGCUCCAGCUCCAGCUCCUGCUCCUGCUCCCAGCUGCAUAUGAAUCUCCAACAGAAGCGUUCACUUAGCAUACCUCCGUCAGAGUCUACGUCCCGCCCACAUAGAAAACCUGUAAAUGUUUAGAUGGAAGUUCGAAUUAGACACAUUACUAACACAAAAACGAGCUAUUUGCAUCAUUAACUCAAGCUUAACAAAUUCAAUAAAGUUAAAGACCAACAGAAAUAGGAAAAAACGAAACUAAC